CAUGUGUAUACGAACAACUCCGUUGAGAGGCAGAGGAUGUUCCCAAGGUCCGCGUCCUUCCUUCUAAUAUCACCAUCUUCCACCAUGGCUAAGUUGGCCCAGGAGGCGCCACGGCUGCGCGCAGUCGCGACAUCCGCGGCGGGGAUGCGUUCCUGGAGCACGAGUUCCUCUGCGUGGCAAACGAUUAUCCUCGUCGUGUCCCUCGACACGACCCUGUUUAGCACGAAGAACAAAAGUAUCAUGGCUUUUGGGGGCUGCCGUGUUUCUGUUCUUCUGCCAGCACCAGCGCCAGCCCGACGCCCAGUCCCACCAGCACUGGGCAGCUCCCGGCGUGCAGGGAGAACGAUGCGCAACGGCGGCGGAGCCCGUUCAGCUGCGGGCAGCUCCAGGAGGAGGGCUACUGCUCCACGGCGGGGCCGCUGGGAGACGAGGCCCGCGAGGCCUGCCAGUCGAGCUGCGGGCUGGGGUGCCGCCAGCCUUGCGAGGCCGAUCAGAGCAGCCGUCGGCGGUCCCCCUUCAGCUGCCAGGAACUGCUCGUCGAGGGCUUCUGCGGCGUGGACGGUCCGCUGCGACCAUGCAGGGCAUGGUUGCGCCCGGGUGUGGUUUUGCGAUCUGCGUCAUUCCCAGACCCUGGGUCAUGGAAAAGACAUGACGGGAGUUGUUUCUCCAUUUUCGGCCUGUGGGGCCCUUUGACGCGCCUCGGGACCGUCAAAAAACUACUCAGGAUAAAAGCCGGUCCCGAGGAAAGGGUCGAGGCCUUUAGGGGUCGACGUCAUGAGCAAAAUCGUGACGUCGGGGGUCUGGGUUAGGGUUUGGGGGCAUCACGUUGCCCUCGUCGGGCCUCCUCGGGGCGCGGUGGAGAGCUCUGUCUGGGUCCUCGCCCGCCCCCAAGGGGUCCGGAUUGCAAACCACACCCUUUGCAAUGUACGCCGUGCAGAGUCGCCGAGGUCCGUUAGGGGAAGAGACGGCAGAGACCUGCCGCAACACCUGUGCGGAUGCCUUCGGGUGCGUGGCCCAGGAAGUGCCCGCAGAAACGGACACACCCGACACGAACAACGACACGAAUGCGACAGUGGAGCCAGAUCCAGGUCCAGAGCCAGUGGGAGCCUUCUCUUGGGAGCGCUCUGUCGCCUUGCCCGUGGGCGCGGCUGCUGUCGGGUGUUGCUGUAUCUGCAUGGUCGCCGGGCUGUGCAGGAACAGCAGGGAUGCAAAGCUUGGCCUGCCGGACCAGGGCAAGCCGGACGGCAGCGUUGGAGCUGAGCUUGAGGCCGCCCCCACCGAGCUGGAAGAGCGGGCAGAGCAUGCAGAGCCAGCCGAACCGACGCCGCAGGAGGCCGUGUGGCAGGCCGCAGCGGCUGCGGAGGUGGCGAAGCUGGAGCCCCUCGAGGGCACCCCGGCAGGCGGUGCCACCACUUCACUCGACGCGGUGUUCCUGAGCAUUGAUGGCGCAGAGGGUGCUGGCGACCCCGUCUCGGAGCGGAGGGCAAAGCAGCACAAGAAGAGGAGGGUGAAGAGGCCAGGUCGGAAUGCGUCUUGGAGCAGCGCAGAACAGACCGGGUCGAUCGGCAACGACGAAGACGACGACACCACCGUCGCCACUCUUUCCGCUGCUUCUGUUCCGAAGUGCCCUCACUGCGAGCAAGGCAUGUCUUGGAGCGACUUCAGCGGGCCCCCUUAUGACGUGCCGCACGGCUGGGGGUGCAAGAAUUGGCGUAUUUGCCGCAAUUGGCAGGAUAAUUGCGGAAGUUACAGAUGGAAUUGCCACCAGUGCUCGGAAGAUUUGUGCUCGCAGUGCGCUUUGUCCGUCCCCACCGCCGUGGCACCCGCGCUGGCGGAUGAGCUUGUCGAAGCAAGCGCGCCUGCCGGCCCCCGCACCUCCGUAUCAUCGUUGUUCAGCAGUCGGCCGUCCGUGGUGCAGCCAGGACCCCUUGCCGGCGCGGCAGGCGCUUCGUCUGGGCGACACGGGCGAGCCGAGCGGCAGCCCAGAGCCGGCCCAGCGCCCGUGCUGGCGGGGGAGCUUGUCGAGGCCAGCGCAACGGCUGGCGCCCGCACCUCCGUCUCCUCGGGGUUCUCGUCGUUGUUCAGCAGUCGGCCGUCCGCGGUGCAGUCAGCUCCCCUUGCCCACGCCGCAGGCUCGUCUACCGGCCGCCAGGGGCAAGCCGAGCAGCAGGGGGCCGCUCCCAAGGAGCUGGACAUUCCCCUCUGCCCUGUGUGCUAUCUCACGUCCACCGGCUUCGUGACGGAGACGCAGUGGGCGCGCUUCAUCCAGGUCGUUCUCUUGAGGCGCGGCGUGCUCGACAGGGCGGACCGGGGCCCCGGGGCGACCCGGGAAGGGUUGGUGAAGAAGUACGCCAGCGAGAUUCGGAAGCUUAAGGUGCUCUACAUCAAUGACGCCUCGUACCACCGCCCGCCCGAGAGUAUGGUCGCGGGUCGCGCAGGAGACGGUAAGGUUGGCGAGAACGGGAACCUCGGGCGCGGACCAGGCACGUGGUUCUGGUGGGAUCAGGGCCUGGAGGACAAGAUGGGCGUGCCGCAGAGGAACAUCCAAAUGGUCCAGAUCCUGGAGAAGCCCUGGCUCUUCAAUCGGCCCGCCCGCGACGCCAACUGCGAGGCUUCAAGCCCCAGCGUAGCCGAGCUCGAUCCUGAGGACGAGAGAGCGUACUAUGCAGCGCUACGUUUGACCCAAGACGCGUACAAUGCGCUGAAGGAGAACCCGCCAAAAGAGGGUGCUGGUCAGGCGGGCAAAUCACUCCCAGGUUGUCCCGCCUCGGGAAAGAGUUGCGCCGACGAGCUAGCUGAGAUAUCUGCGAAGUUAAACGUGAAGUACGCUGCCGCACUCGACAAAUGGUGCACGGAAAACAUCGACACGGCUGACAUCAUCGCCGGUCAGGGUGGUGAAGUCGUCAUGCUCAACAUGGCAUGGCAGUGCAACCAGGCAGUCGCUUCUCGUCUCGUAAACGCAGUGCGGGCAAAUGGGCCCGUGUAUGUUGGCCUCAGUGCGAGCACGAUGGUUGCUGCCAAGUCUAUGGAGAUGACCGGCGAGAUCCAGCCAGGUUGGAUUGAGGCAUUCGCGGCUGAUAAGAAGUACCUCAGCAAGGCGCAAUUCAAUGUAAACGAUCUCGACGGAGACGGCAUCAAGGCCAACGUGUUGGGGGCGUUGCCGUUGCUCGAGGCGCCCAUUGCGAUGCGCCCUCACUACACCCCUGCUUGGGAGGAGCAGGUGUUGCAGAAGAACCUUCUAGCCGAGAAGGAGUUCGAGAAAGAGACGGGCAUCGAACUCGAUGACGAUCUCGUGCGCAACUCUAACUCUGGUUGCGAGGUCGGCUGCAAGCUUCUCUCGAUGAUUUCGAAGAAGAACAAGGAUCAAGACCGGCCAGUCUUUGUCCCCAUUCGCAACGGCAAGGUCAUCGAGGUCAACAUCCACGUUCAGCGGGGGGAGGUCACGUUUGAACAUUUCCACGUUAUCAACUGAGACAGUGAUGUUGCACCUCCUUGUGAUUGUGGGGGCUCCUGAGCAUUGUUGUUGCGGUAGUUCCUCUUCCUUCCGCAUCUUGUUGUCCAUUUUCCUGUUCAUUCUUUAUCCUCCCCGCCUCCUCUUCGUCUCCUUUGUCUGCUUCUGCUCCUCCCUGUGUUUGUCCACCGCCAAUCUUUGUUUUUCGCAUAAGCCUGUUUUUCCGUAUGGUUCACAGAGUUAUGUAUUGUAGAUCUUGGCAGGAGCCACCAGCGCGCCCUUGCCCGCGUUCCCACCAGGCGCCCCUCAAGAGGCAUCGUGCCUCUGGAGGGACACCUGGUAUAUUUGCAUAAGCCGACGUUAAUAGUUUGUCUUGGAUGUUCGCGUCUGUUCGCCGGCCCCCGGAUAA